AUGGCACUUCCGGCCGCGCGCGUGGCCGCCUGGGAAAUGAAGUCCGGAGUAGCCCUCUCCUCCCGCGUCAAGAGGCUGACUCCCAUUCCACUUCCGCCGCGGGUGUUUCUCCCCCAUCCCAAGCCGGGGGGCCCAGGGGCCGGCAACGCUGCCCCUCACUCCCCGAAAUGUUCGGGCCCCGCGACACCGCCCGCCAGGGGUUGGCGCUCAGCAAGGCCACGCGGAGGUGGCGGGCCUAGGAACACGGAGGCCCCCCCAACAUGGCCACCCGGCGGACCACUGAGCGAGCGGGAAAGCCUCCUCCUCCGCCUACUUCCGGAAUUUGAAACCGGUUUCCGGAAGCCAGGUGAGUGUCCCCAUGGCAACCAGCGUUGGGCUUGGAGGCUCUUGUCUUCAGUAAAAGGAACUUCUCUGUCAGUCGGGCCGGUCAGAGCUGCUUUCUGGGGAACCGGGGAAUGUGCCCUCGGGGCCGGACAGCGGAGGAAGAUGCUGCAGGCCAGCGGCUACAGCCUCGUGCUCUCCCUGCAGCUCCUGCUGCUGACCUAUGACCUCUUCGUCAAUUCCUUCUCGGAGCUGCUCCGCUCGCCGCCCGUCAUCCAGCUGGUGCUGUUCAUCCGCCCUGCACUGUGCUUUGUUGUGUUUGAUGCCUGCAGCAUCCAGGACAUCGCGAUCCUCUUCAACAUCAUCGUCAUCUUCCUCAUGUUCUUCAACACGUUCGUCUUCCAGGCCGGCCUGGUCAGCCUGCUGUUCCACAAGUUCAAAGGGACCAUCGUGCUGACCGCAGUGUACUUCGCCCUCAGCAUCGCCCUGCACGUCUGGCUCAUGAACUUACGCUGGAAAGACUCGAACCGCUUUGUCUGGACAGAAGGACUGCAGGCCCUGUUUGUGUUCCAGAGGCUGGCGGCCGUGUUCUACUGUUACUUCUACAAGCGCACAGCCGUGCGGCUGGGCGACCCCCGCUUCUACCAGGACUCGGCGUGGCUGCGCAAGGAGUUCACGCAGGUCCGCAGGUGACCUGUCACUGAGGUGCCUCUCCGGCCUGCGGCCACGUGUGCCGCGUGAGGGGGACGUCGGCCUGGGCCCCGGACGCAGCCGACAGGCUCCCGCCAGUUGUGUCCAGCAGCCGGGAAGCAAGAUCCUCCCUCUCAGACUCCAGUUCCCGGUGCAGACUCCAGGACGUGCCUCGUCCCCUGGCCCUCGGCUCCGCCCGCUCCUCCCCCGCUCCCCGGGCUCUCGCUGGAUCCGGAGGGGACUCCCAGCAUCGGUGCUCUCUGCUCCACACACAGGACCAAGCGAUACCCAGAGGGAUGCUCUGUGCUGCUGACUGGGCACGCCUCGGGCAUGAGAUCCGGUGCCCACGGCCCUUUCUGCUCUUACGUUCUAUAAAUAGGAAAUAAAUUGGAGUCUUUCCAGAA